UUAAAAAAGUAGCUGAGUUUGUCCUCGCCGCCACAAGCGCACCAAAACCAAAAAGUAAUUGGUGUAUAUUUUAUUAGUUUAAUUUUUGAAGCAAUACAAGUCACGGUAAAGUUUUGUACUGAAUAAUUAAGUCAUAAAUAAGUAAAUUACAAAAUACAUGUGAUCUUAUGGAAAAUGUUUGGUACAGGAAGACAUUGCUUGAAACAAGUUUUAAGAGCCAAGCAUUUGCAUUUGUACAGUAAAAGAUUUAAGAAAGCUCAGCUGAAAGCCGUACCAAUUUAUCAAUAUCCUGUAAGUCAGCCAGACGAUUAUAGGGUGUAUGUAUGGGGCCUUGCGCAACACGGUGCUCUUGGAGAAGUAAGAAUAUUAAAAAAGGACAAAGUUUCGUAUGUAAAGAAGCCAAACAGAUUAUCUUUUGCUGAAUAUCAUAAAGUAAGAGACAUUGCUUGUGGAUACGGUUUUACUGCUUAUGCGGUAAAUUCUUCAGAUAAAAAUAUUGUUUAUGGCACUGGAAUAAACACAGAUUCGCAAAUUGGUUAUAAUGAAAUCGAUAAAAAGAAGUUUCCCGAAGGUAUGGUGUUCUUUCCAAGACCAAUAAAUUUACCUCUACAAGACAAUGUUACAAGGGUUGUGGAUAUGGGUGCUGGAAGAGCGCAUUUAUUAAUAUUAACAACGGAAGGUCUAUUCACAUUGGGCAAUAAUGCAUAUGGUCAGUGUGGCAGGCCAAUUGUAUUAAAUGAAGAAUACAAAAAGAGCAUGGUCAUUCAUCAUAUACCUGACAUUAAGGGAAGUAAAAUUAUCGCGGUGACUGCUGGUCAAGAUCACAGCAUACUAUUGUCAGAGACAGGUCAGGUGUAUACAUUUGGCUGGGGUGCAGAUGGACAAACAGGUCUUGCGCACUAUCGAAAUGAAUAUAAACCGAGUUUAGUUAAGGGUGAUCUAGCGGGACAACAUAUAAUCAAAAUCAGCUGUGCUGCCGAUUGUGUAUUGGCGCUUAGCGAUAAAGGAAAAGUUUAUGGCUGGGGUAAUUCCGAAUAUGGACAACUACCGAUCAAGACCGAGAGUUGCCAAGUGAAUAUCGCUACAGAACUGGAUGUAUUUCAAGAAAUAGGACCUAUUACGGAUAUCGCUGCUGGUGGUAGCUUCUGCAUGGCCUUGAAUGAUAAAGGUGAUGUGUAUGUAUGGGGAUAUGGCAUACUUGGUCUUGGACCUCAAGUGCAAAAAGUAUCAAAACCAACUAUGAUUCCUGGCACAUUAUUCGGUCAUAAUGUAUACAAUCCCAAUAUUAAGAUAAGCCAAAUAUAUUGUGGAAUCAGCCAGUUAGCAGCGUUGAGCAAUUCUGGAGAUUUAUUUAUGUGGGGAAGCAAUAAAUUCGGAUGUUUGGGACUAGGACAUACGGAUGACCAGUUUUUCCCUUUGCGGGUCGCGGUAGGCGCUCAAGUGAAAAAAGUUGCGUGCGGAGUUGAUCAUACAGUGACGCUUUGUAAGCCUUACAUUUAAGAAUAUGACGUACUAC